AGGAUUAUCACGAUUGAUAUUUUCCCGCGUGAAAUUAACUUAAGUUAACUUACUUCUACCAAUAAUAACAAACAAUUUAAAAUGUCUCAAAAUACAGAUAAUCGAUUACUUGAAUCUGAAGAUCUUUUUUCUAGUGAAGAUUUAACAAAAGCAUCAACAGAUAGUGCAGGAAUUGUUUCCGAAGCUAAAGAUGACGAGCCCAGUGAUGAACCAAUGACUAUCGAUGAAAAUGAAAUUAUACCAAAUAAAGUAAGUGAAAUUGAAGAUGAUGAAGCAAUAGAAGAAAACCAUGAUCCAGAGUUAUUGGAAGAAGCGACAGCUGAAGUAAUAAAACAGACUCCAAAAGCUUCUUUUAAAACUGUUUCUGUCAAUCGUAUUUCUGACCUUCCCUUGGCAAAAGUGAAAAGUAUAAUAAAACUCGAUCCAGAAGUGAAUCUUGUUAACAGUGAAGCAGUUUUCCUUAUCACAAAAGCUACAGAAUUAUUUGUGAAAACUCUUGCAACAGAAUCUUUCAGUCAUGCUAAUCAACAAAAGAAAAAAACAUUAGCAAAAUCUCAUGUUGAUCAAGCUUUAACAAUGCUUCCAAUUGAGCUAUAAUAAAUCUUCAUUAUAAAUAAAACAAAAAUAAAUUAAAUAAGUUUUCCAAAUAUCAUUUUUCUUUAUUUCCAGAUUUCUCUCAUAUUCAUCAGAUUGUUUUGUUUAUUUUUUAUUUAAAAAA